UUCAAUUAACCUCCAGAAGAUGGCUGAGCCUGCAGGAAUACCAGAGCAAGAAACUGAUGUCUGAUAACAGAGUGAGAGUUCAAAGAUUCCUUGUAGCAGACACUGCGAAUGAAGCUCUCGAGGCCGCUAAGAGACUAAAUGCAAAAGAAAUUGUUUUAAAAGCCCAGAUCUUAGCUGGAGGAAGAGGAAAAGGUGUCUUCAAUAGUGGUUUGAGAGGAGGUGUUAAUUUAACAAAAGACCCUAAUGUUGUGGGACAGCUGGCUAAACAGAUGAUUGGGUACAAUCUAGCGAUAAAACAAACUCCAAAAGAAGGUGUGAAAGUUAACAAGGUGAUGGUUGCUGAAGCCUUGGACAUUUCCAGAGAAACCUACCUGGCAAUUCUGAUGGACCAGUCCUGCAAUGGUCCCGUGCUGGUGGGCAGCCCCCAGGAGGGCAUCGACAUUGAAGAGGUGGCUGCUUCAAACCCAGAGCUCAUUUUUAAGGAGCAAAUUGACAUUUUUGAAGGAAUAAAGGACAGCCAAGCUCAGUGGAUGGCAGAAAAUCUAGGCUUCGUUGGGCCUUUGAAAAGCCAGGCUGCAGAUCAAAUUACGAAGCUGUAUAAUCUCUUCCUGAAAAUUGAUGCUACUCAGGUGGAAGUGAAUCCCUUUGGUGAAACUCCAGAAGGACAAGUUGUCUGCUUUGAUGCCAAGAUAAACUUUGAUGACAAUGCAGAAUUCCAACAAAAAGACAUAUUUGCUAUGGACGACAAAUCAGAGAAUGAGCCCAUUGAAAAUGAAGCUGCCAAAUAUGAUCUAAAAUACAUAGGACUAGAUGGGAACAUUGCCUGCUUUGUGAAUGGUGCUGGGCUCGCCAUGGCUACUUGUGAUAUCAUUUUCCUUAAUGGUGGGAAGCCAGCCAACUUCUUGGAUCUUGGAGGUGGUGUAAAGGAAGCUCAAGUAUAUCAAGCAUUCAAAUUGCUCACAGCUGAUCCUAAGGUUGAAGCCAUCCUUGUCAAUAUUUUUGGUGGUAUCGUCAACUGUGCCAUCAUUGCCAAUGGGAUCACCAAAGCCUGCCAGGAGCUAGAACUCAAGGUGCCCCUUGUGAUUUGGCUUGAAGGAACCAACGUCCAAGAGGCCCAGAAAAUACCCAACAACAGCAGACUCCCCAUUACUUCAGCCGUUGACCUGGAGGAUGCAGCCAAGAAGGCUGUGGCCAGUGUGGCCAAGAAGUGAUGUCUUUGUCCUGAUCCGAUGGAGAA